AUGGACAAGCCACCGGGAAUCUUCAGCGAGGACUUCGGCAAGUUCCGCCGACCCCUGGGGGAACCGCUGGGCUUCUCAGCCGGCUCUGGACCUGCACAGAAGAUGAAGACUCUGGGGAACACCUAUCAGUUUGAGGUCGAUGUCCGAGAUUUCUCUCCAGAAGACAUCAUCGUCACCACUUCCAACAACCAGAUUGAGGUCCACGCAGAGAAACUCGCCUCCGAUGGGACCAUCAUGAACACCUUCACCCACAAGUGCCAACUCCCUGAGGAUGUAGACCCAACCACGGUGACCUCCGCCUUGGGUGAUGGAGGAUUGCUGAUCGUCAAGGCUGAGAGGGUCCCAGCCAAGCACACGGACCACCAAACUUUCCGGACUGAGAUCAAAAUUUGA